AUGGGAAACCCCGAAUCCCGCACACCCCACAGAGUCCCCCCAGACCGUCGCCGACGGCUGCCCUACAACGCCCUCGCAGAAACACGACCCACACCCACUGAGGCCCAAAUAACCGAUAUCCUCCUCCCAUUACGCCCGGAGGCCCUACGGCCUUACGCUAACUAUACCACCUGCCUAGAGGAAGGUCUCUGGAUCCGUCUCUGCUACAAAAAAGAGAAAAACGCAGCACAUGAUGCUAUAUGGUCCCACAACGAAGACGUAGAGUACGUCGGUCCCGAGGGUGUUGUCCUCGACGAUGAGAUUUUCGACGGGCUAGACGUGGCAGCUGCAUUGGAACUGUUUCCCGAGCGUGUCACGAACGAGGGUCCCUCGAAACACAUUGAAUUGCGAGAGCAGACUCUGAGGGAGGUACUGGGUUUCGUGGAAGAGGAUACGGGAUCUGGUGAAGAGGACUAUUCUGAUGAGGUCAAAGAGAUGCUGGCACGGACGAGAGCGAGGCGUGCGGUGAACCCGCUUCUAAAGUAUGUCCUGUAUCAUGUUGCUUGUGUUGUUGCUCAUGCUUUUGUGGAAGAUGAGGUGGCGCUGGAUGGUGGGGGUCUGCUGCAUGUAUUCUGGGAUGAUUGUGGGAAUGUGGUGAGGCAAUGGCGCGUGCAAGAUGAUGGAAUAGAGUACAACUUUGAUGGAGCCUGGGCGGAGGGUGCUUGGAAUGAGAAUUUCAUCAAUGGGAUCGGAGAGCUUGGUCCUGCUUACCAUGAGGGUGGGAUGCGAGGACCUCCAUACAGCGUUUGA